AUGGCUGAUGAAGAGAGAUAUGCCGUUGAAGGCAAGGGUGUGAAUGAGGAAGGCUUCCAGAAUGAUUCUGAUAAACCUUUUGCUGCUGCUGAUCUGGAGCCGUUUGGUAAUGAGGAGACGGCGGAUGUGAAGUAUCGGACCAUGAAAUGGUGGCAUUGUGGCAUGCUGAUGAUUGCUGAGAAUGUCUCUGUGGGAAUUCUUUCUUUGCCUUCGGCUGUGGCUACCCUGGGAAUGGCUCCUGCUGCUAUCAUGAUUGUCUUCAUUUCUGCUCUGUCAUGGUAUACAGGCUAUGAAAUUGGCCAGUUCAAGCUUCGUCACCCUCACAUUCACAGCAUGGGUGACGCUGGUGAGCUCUUGAUGGGCCGAUUUGGUCGUGAACUUCUUGGAAUUGGCCAAUUAUUGCUCCUGAUUUUCCUUAUGGCCAGUAACAUUCUGAUGUUUAACAUCUUGAUGAAUGUGCUUACAGACCACGGCACUUGUACUCUGGUCUUUGGUGUUGUCGGCUUGAUCAUCUGUUUCUUGGGUGCCUUGCCUCGUACUAUGGAUAAAGUGUAUAUCAUGUCUGUUAUUUCAUUCCUGAGUGUUUUCAUUGCUACUGUUGUGACCAUGGUCUCUGCCGGUGUCGACAGCAAAGGCAACAUUCCCCUCCAUGCCACCACCGAAGUUGGUUUCCGUGAAGGUUUCCUAGCAGUCACCAACAUCAUUUUCGCCUACCUGGCCCAUGUUGCGUAUUUCGGUUUCAUGUCCGAGACUGAAGAUCCCCGUACCUUCAACAAGUCUCUGGCUAUGCUUCAAAUCGUCGACACUGUUCUGUACCUUAUCAGUGCUCUGAUCAUCUACAAAUAUGUCGGACCUAGCGUCGAGUCACCCGCCAUCUUGUCUUUGAACCCACUGAUGAGCAAGAUUGCCUGGGGUCUCGCUAUUCCAACUACUAUUCUCUCUGGUGUUGUACUGGGCCAUGUCGCGUGCAAGUAUAUCUACGUGCGUAUCUUCCGUGGAUCAGACGAGAUGCACAGUCGCAGUUUCCUCUCUGUCGGUUCCUGGGUCGCUAUUUGCUUGGGUGUCUGGGUUGUCUCCUGGGUUGUGGCAGAGUCCAUCCCCGUAUUCAAUGAUCUGCUGAGUCUUAUCAGCGCACUCUUCGGAAGUUGGUUCAGUUUCGGUCUUCCUGCUGUUUUCUGGUUCCACAUGAACCGCGGUCAGUAUUUCAAGAACUGGAAAAAAACUGUUCUCACCAUUAUUAAUAUCGGUGUCUUCGGCUGUGCAUGCGCUAUUUGUGGAUUGGGUCUCUGGGUCUCUGGCGUCGCUAUCCACAAUGACUCCAGCUCGUCCGCCUGGUCUUGCGCCAAUGAUGUGUGA